AUGGACAACUGUCCUGUUGUAUCUCCUGCCAUGCAUAUUAAUAGCAUCAGAGAAGGUCAACAUUUAGCUUUGUCACAGGACGGAAGGAUCAGCACAGAGGAUAAACUGAAGUCUCGCUCCUCAGAAAGCCUCAACAUCGGGCUUCCUGCUCCAAUCAAUGCCACAUCCAAUCAUAAGCCCUCCUGUCAUCCUGCCAGUCACAUGUCCCCCAGCCACUGUACUCCUCCAUCAUCUGGCAUUUCAUCAGCUGAUGAGAGCAUUCGCUGCGGCUCCACAGCCAAUCAGAGCACUUGCACGGGGCCUCACAGCACUUCUUACUUUACCCAAUGUUCUGUGAGCUCUGACCCCCUAACAUGUCCCAUCAUACCUGGCUGUAUAAAUACCAUUGAUAUCUGCAAGGGAACCCCAGGGCUCGGCCUCAGCAUAGUAGGAGGCUGCAAUACAGUACUGGGAGCAAUAGUGAUUCAUGAAGUGAAUAAGGACGGUGCGGCACACAGAGAUGGUCGGUUGUGGGCAGGAGAUCAUAUACUGGAGGUGAACGGCAUUGAUCUGAGAAUGGCCACUCAUGAGGAGGCCUUGAGCGUCCUGCGCUUGAGUCCACAGCGUGUGCGAUUGUGUAUCUACAGAGACCCUGUGACAGAGAACCACUCCACACACACCCUCCAAAACCACACACCCGAAGACAUGUGGGACCUCUUCAGUGUGGAUCUGAACCUCAAAACAGGACAGGGACUGGGGCUUCGCAUUGUGGGGAAAAGGAAUGACACCGGAAUCUUUGUGUCUGAGAUAACCAGGGGAGGGGCUGCGGACUUGGAUGGAAGACUGUUGCUAGGUGACCAGAUUUUGUCUGUGAAUGGAGAGGACAUCCGAGCUGUGUCACAGGACUAUGCAAGUGCACUACUGCAGAUCUGUAGUGGGCCUGUGCUGUUGGAGGUGGCACGUUUUAAAGCUUCAUCACACUACUCAUAUGGAGAUCAGGUGGGUGAGUUGGAUGUCCCUCUUCUCUCCUCUCUCAGCACAGAUGAUUCUGUGGAUGGAAACGUGGACAUCAGAACUGUCACCGUUCAGAAGCAUGAAUUAGAGUCUGUGGAGUUGAGAUCGAGAGGCACACAGGGAGAUUCAGUGAUUUAUAUCUCCAGCCUGGACCCGAUCACACCUGCAACACACGCAGGACUUCUGCAGCUGGGUGCCAGAGUCAUCAGCAUUAACGGUACAUCAACUGAACGCCUCUCAGUUACUGAGGCAAAUACUCUCCUGAGAAACAGCAGUGGAGCCGUCACACUGCAGGUGAUGCCAAGUGGAUGUGCAGAUGGAGCUAGUAAAGAUCGGUCAUCUUUAAUUCACUCCUCACCUGGACUCUCAGAGAAUUACAAUACCCACAAUCACCAGAGUUCUCCUCAGUUCCAGACUAUCACUCUUGAACGUGGCUCUGCUGGGCUUGGCUUCAGUAUUGUAGGAGGAUUUGGCAGUUCCCAUGGCGACUUGCCCAUCUAUGUCAGGAACAUAUUUCCCAAGGGAGCUGCGGUGGAGGACGGCCGUCUGCGUUGCGGUGAUCAGCUACUGACAGUAAAUGGACAGAGUCUGGAGGGUGUCACUCAUUCUGAAGCUGUCAAGCUCCUUAGACAAACCAGCGGGGCAGUUACACUACAAGUACUCUCAAAACAACUACCAACAUGCUGAUAAUGUCACUGUGCUGUCGAGAUGUUUCGCAUAGACCUCAAGGAGCUGAUGUAUUACUGAUUGUUAGAUCACAGAUGGAGAUUAUACAAGCUGUUUCUCAACAACAACAAAAAAGAUCCCAAAAUGUAGUCUUUUCUAAUUGCAAAAAUAUCUCGGACAACUUGUGUAAAGUGGGAGAAGCCAAUAGAGACUAGUGCUAAACCACUGGUUCUCAACCAGGGGGUCUGCAGGAUGACUUUUAUUAAAUUAUUU